CUCGCAGUCACUCGCUCACCGGCGCUCCCUCUGUAGUAGCAGUAGCACCCCACUACUGCCCCACCCACCCACCCCACCCUCCUCCUCUGCUCGAAGCUCGCCGCUGCCGCGAUGGCGCGCGCCUCGAGCUCGCCGCUGGCAAUCGUUCUUCUCCUCGCCGUGGCGUCGGCGGCGGCGGGGGCCAGGGUGCCGGGGUCGAGGGGCCCUCCCGUAACGGCGGCGGCGCCAGGGAACGCGACGGCGGCGCGGCGGAUGGCGCUGCAGAACGGCCUCGGCAGGACGCCGCAGAUGGGGUGGAACAGCUGGAACCACUUCUUCUGCGGGAUCAGCGAAGAGAUGAUCCGAGAGACAGCUGAUGCGCUGGUCAACACUGGUCUUGCAAAACUGGGCUAUCAAUAUGUCAACAUAGAUGACUGCUGGGCCGAAUUAAACAGGGAUUACCAGGGUAAUUUGGUUCCAAACAAGAAAACAUUCCCCUCUGGCAUCAAGGCGCUUGCAGAUUAUGUGCAUGCAAAAGGGUUGAAGCUUGGUGUCUACAGUGAUGCUGGGACAAAAACGUGCAGUAACCAAAUGCCAGGGUCACUUGAUCAUGAAGAGCAAGAUGUGAAAACAUUCGCAUCUUGGGGAGUUGAUUAUCUCAAGUACGACAACUGCAACGAUGCUGGCAGGAGUGUCAUGGAAAGAUACACUAAGAUGAGCAACGCCAUGAAGACAUACGGGAAGAACAUCUUCUUCUCGCUCUGUGAAUGGGGGAAAGAAAACCCUGCUACCUGGGGUGCUGGUAUGGGUAACAGCUGGAGAACAACCGCUGACAUCGCCGACAACUGGGCCAGCAUGACAUCCUGUGCGGACCAGAACGACAGAUGGGCCUCCUACGCCGGACCUGGUGGAUGGAAUGAUCCUGACAUGCUUGAAGUGGGGAACGGCGGGAUGUCUGAUGCUGAGUACCGUUCACACUUCAGCAUCUGGGCCCUUGCCAAGGCUCCUCUUCUGAUCGGGUGUGACGUGCGCACGAUGAGCCAGCAGACAAAGGACAUACUCAGCAAUGGGGAGGUCAUCGCCGUCAACCAAGAUUCACUGGGCGUCCAGGGAAAGAAAGUGCAAUCGGACAACGGUCUGGAGGUUUGGGCCGGUCCGCUCAGUGGCAACAGGAAGGCCGUGGUUCUAUGGAACAGGCAGGGAUACCAGGCAACCAUCACCGCACACUGGUCAAACGUUGGUCUUCCUGCAUCCGCCGCCGUCACUGCCCGCGAUCUAUGGGCGCACUCGUCCUUCUCCGCUCAGGGGCAAAUAUCAGCAUCGGUGGCGCCUCAUGACUGCAAGAUGUACAUCCUUACACCUAAGUGAUUGUGUGAAAGAUAGCAGAUCACGUUUGGGGGCAUUACAUACCAUCGGUCAAUCAGGAUUCAUGGAAAGGUUUUGCAAAGGAAGGAUUUAUAGGGCUGAAGUGAAAUUGAGAUGUGACAAGUGAGGAUAGAAAUAAUUAAGAUGUAAACCUGCAAGCUGUAACGAAAGUUGCAGCAAUAAAGUUGGCUUUCCUACGCUA